UUGCAGGUUAUUCCAAACCAAAGCAAAACACCGACAUGUAAUUUGAAAAAUUAAAUUCAAACAAGAAAAUUUCAGUUUGUAAUCGAAUGAUAAUGCCGCAUGUACUCCAGAAAACCCUGAGAUGUAUUUACUUACUUAAGAGCAAUUCGCAUUUCCUCCCCUUCACAAACUACUUAGUUACACCCAAAAUUUUCAAAUACCCAACUCUGAACAUUUCAUACUUUUCCACCUCUUCCACCACGUUAAUCAAAGAAUGCAGAAGCAAAGGUGUUCAAGAGAACAUUUCAUCGUUGCAGUUGAAGAAAAGGUUGAUAAGGAAAAAGAAAUCAGUUGACGAUGUAAUUAAAGUUCCUGGUUUCUUCAACGUAUCAGCAUUUGCUACUGCGGAAGAAUAUGAUUUGGAGGAGUUGCUGAAAGGUUUAGUGAAACAGGAUUUGUAUGAAACGAAAUUUAUCGAUAAUAGCUCAGAUGUUGUAUUUGCAACGGCAAAAUAUCAAGUUCAGACUGAACCAAGAGAUAUUUUCUUUUUUCGGGAAGGUAGUGUCGUCAUGUGGAAUGUUAACGAUAUGGAAAGCAGCAAUUUAUUAUCUUUUUUGAAGAAAUAUGAGACAGACAGCUACUCAAAUCAACUCAUUAAAGGGGAAAAUGAAAUAAUGAAGUACAAACAUCAAGAAAAUGGUAAAUCGAGUGUGGUCGACAAAAAUGGAUGUUUUUUAUUGAGUGUAGACCAAGAUUCGGACAUCUUAGAUAAAUAUACCUUUUCUAACGCACUUGCGUUAUCUGUAAAGUUAGGAGUUUGGGAAGCAUCUCUUGAGAAAUAUAUUGAUUCAAUCGAGUAUGUAACAGAAGAUCUGAAAAUGGGACGAAAGAUUAAAAUGAGUAGAGAGCAGGUUCUCAGGAAACAUGGCGAACUGUUCGCAUUAAGGCAUUUGAUAAAUCUGAGUUCUGAUCUUCUGGAUACUCCAGAUUUUUAUUGGGAUAAUGAGCAGCUUGAAAAUCUUUACUUACAAGUAUGCAGCUACUUCGGUAUAAACAAAAGGACAAAGGUCAUGAAUGAAAAAAUCAAUCAUUGUGUUGAACUCAUCGAGCUCUUGUCUACUCACCUGAGCGAUCAGCACAGCACCAGACUGGAAUGGAUAAUCAUUCUACUUAUAAUGGUUGAAGUUAUUUUCGAAAUCAUCCAUUAUAUUGAUCGAUUCGUGACUUCUGAAAGUGCCAAUUUUAAUCAACAUCAUCGUGAAACAUCACCAAUAUGACAAAACUUCCAAAAAAUAGUAGGAUUGUAAGUUCAUUAUUAUUGUUGUGUUAUUAGUUUUCAAAAUCCAAAGAAAAGAAUUUUAUUUGUUGUAUACAUAUAUACAUAUAAGCUUAAUGAUAAUUAUAUGAUAAAAAUAAAUGAUUUUCAUAUACAUUUUAUAUAAAUAUGGAAUCAAAUAAAAAUUUGUAACUCACAGA